AUGGAAUUGGAAUGCAAGGGAGAAACUCAUACACUCUCCUUUGCUUGCAGCGAGGUUUAUGCAUUCAACCAGCUCUUUUCCCUCCCUACAGGGCCAGCGCAAGCACUCACACCAGCGCCUCCGUUCCGCAGGAUGGAUAUUGCCCUGGGCUGCUCCUACGUGGGGAAAGAUGUAAGAGGCUUGCUGCGUGCCUUUGUCAGCUCAUCCUACGAGUAUCCUGCUACCCUUGUAUUGAGGGGAAUCAGCGUCAGAGAUGAUGGGAACUUGGAUGAUGUAACUGAGUAUAAAGUCCCACAGGAAAACCUGACUCCUCCCAUUGUCUUUAAAGCAUCAGCCCAGUCGGUAUCCAUCCCACACGCGCAGUCCCUGCUGCACGCGGACUGUGAUGGGGAGGAGGUGAGCUGUGAGAUGUCCCUAUGCAGGUCCCAGCAGGCCAUCAACGCGCCCUGCCAUACCUCCUGGCUCACGGCCACCCUGCGGCUAUCCAGCAGCAUCAGUAUUGCCCUGGUGCUCAGAGGACUCCACUGCAGCAGCUGGGAGGCAGAGAAGGAGCACAAUGCAACACUGCACCCAAAGCUGAGGAUACCUAUGAGCAAGGAGGGGACACUGCUGACCACAGUUGAAUUUUAGUCGUCUUCACACAACACUUCCCUGCACACACGUCUUGGCGGCUCAGUCACCCUUGACUGCCACUUUGAAUUGGCUCCCAGGUCUCCUCUGUCCUCCCUGGAGUGGAGGAGGCAGCACCGAGGCAGCAGCCGUAGCCUUUUCCAGUACCAGGUGGGGAGUACAGGCCCAGAAGUGCAGCCAAAAGUCCACGUGGAUGUGGUGGAGCUGCUGGGGAGUGGAGACACAUCGCUUAGCCUGCAAGGAGUGAACGUGGGAGAUGAAGGGGCAUACAUCUGUCUGGUGUCCUCCCUGCUGCACCAGACCCAGCACAUCAUCCAGCAGCAUCCUCCAAGAGUUCAUGUCAUUCCAUCAGUGGUGUCAUUUGAGAGAGAUGUGAUGUCCACUCUGACCUGAAACAUUGCUGGCUAUUACCCCCUGGAUGUCUCGGUGAUCUGGACAGAGAAGACUCCUGAAGGUGACACAGAAAUCCCUCUCUCAAAUGUACGUUUCUCCAGCCAUGGGAAAAGCCAAGAUGGCACCUACAGCAUCGCCUCCUACCUCGGCAUCAGCUCAGCCACAGCGCAGGCUCCAAACACCUACAGCUGCCGUGUUUCACACGUAGCCCUGGCAGAGCCCAUCCCUGUGAGCGCCCAUCUUAAGGCACCAGAGCAAACAGGAUCGGAAGGACUGGUGGGGGUUUUCAUUGCUACUGUCAUUUUCAUCAUUGUCCUCUUCAUUGUGCUCAGGAGAGGAGCAGCGAAACCAAAGUCAAAGCAACUUUGUAGGACUUCAGAAUAGAGUAAAUCCUUGUCACCCACCUGCAGUCCUUUGUCUCCCAUCCCUUGACACAUCCUGCUCGGGAGAGCCAGCCCUGUCCAAAUAUUAACAAACAGAGCUAUUGGUCACUAUGGGAGGGGUAGGGAUGCCCUUGGUGGAGGAGCUGAGUGACCAUUCAGAGGUGGACUCACAGAAGAGCAUGUCUUUAUCUUGGAAGGGCAACAUCAAUACCCUCAGCUCUUUGCUGGGAUGCUGCAUUACAGGCAGCAUGCACACAUUUUUAGA